CCGCCGAGGGGAUGGGGCGGGACGUCCGGGGUGCGCGCACGCAUCCGGCCCGCGGCGCGCGCGCAGGUGGGUGCGUCGGUCGGGGGCGCGCUCGGGUAACCUGUACCCCACGUAGUCGCCGGUUACCGAUCGGACUAAGUUCCAGUUGGUGAUUUACAAAUCAAGUUAAAAUGUCCCCGGAAGUGGCCUUGAACAGAAUUUCUCCAAUGCUCUCCCCAUUUAUAUCUAGUGUGGUCCGGAAUGGAAAAGUGGGACUGGAUGCUACAAACUGUUUGAGGAUAACUGACUUGAAAUCUGGCUGCACAUCAUUGACUCCUGGACCCAAUUGUGAUCGAUUUAAAUUACACAUACCAUAUGCUGGAGAGACAUUAAAAUGGGAUAUCAUUUUCAAUGCCCAGUACCCAGAGCUGCCCCCUGAUUUUAUCUUUGGAGAGGAUGCUGAAUUCCUGCCAGACCCUGCGGCUCUGCAGAACCUUGCCUCCUGGAAUCCUUCAAAUCCUGAAUGUCUCUUACUUGUGGUGAAGGAACUUGUGCAACAGUAUCAUCAAUUUCAAUGUAGCCGUCUCCGGGAGAGCUCCCGCCUCAUGUUUGAAUACCAGACAUUACUGGAAGAGCCACAAUAUGGAGAGAACAUGGAAAUAUAUGCUGGGAAAAAAAACAACUGGACUGGUGAAUUUUCAGCUCGUUUCCUUUUGAAGUUGCCAGUGGAUUUCAGCAAUAUUCCCACAUACCUGCUCAAGGAUGUAAAUGAAGACCCUGGAGAAGAUGUGGCCCUCCUUUCAGUCAGUUUUGAGGACACUGAAGCUACCCAAGUAUACCCCAAGCUAUACUUGUCACCCCGAAUUGAGCAUGCACUUGGCGGCUCCUCAGCUCUUCAUAUCCCAGCUUUUCCAGGCGGAGGAUGUCUCAUUGAUUAUGUUCCUCAAGUGUGCCACCUGCUCACUAACAAGGUGCAGUAUGUGAUUCAGGGAUAUCACAAAAGAAGAGAGUAUAUUGCUGCUUUCCUCAGUCAUUUUGGCACAGGUGUCGUGGAAUAUGAUGCAGAAGGCUUUACAAAACUCACUCUGCUGCUGAUGUGGAAAGAUUUUUGUUUUCUUGUACACAUUGACCUGCCCCUGUUUUUUCCUCGAGAUCAGCCAACUCUCACAUUUCAAUCCGUCUAUCACUUUACCAACAGCGGACAACUUUACUCCCAGGCCCAAAAAAAUUAUCCAUACAGCCCCAGAUGGGAUGGAAAUGAAAUGGCCAAAAGAGCAAAGGCUUAUUUCAAAACCUUUGUCCCUCAGUUCCAGGAGGCAGCUUUUGCCAAUGGAAAGCUCUAGGAAACACCAGUCUUGAGAGGUGGCCAGCCAGACUGCUCUGUCCACUUGCGUGUCAGCACACACGCUGCUUCCUGGAAGCCCCUGGGAAUGUCCUCCUGGCAGCGCUUCAUUCACACAGCAGCUUUGCAUGGCCCAGACAGCCCCGACUGCCGGAGCCCCUCCUUGAGCUGGCUGACAGCACCAAAAUCCUAGAGCCCCUCACUUUUUUUCUUUCCUUUAUUAUAUUUCCUAAUUGAAAUAAAUAAACUCAUAAAUCAUGAUGCAGUAAUUUUCCAGGGAAAGUAAGACGUCAGAAAUGUACACACCCUUCUUCCAACGCCUUUGUCUCGGAGACUCCAAGUUUUAAGAUUUAAUACCCCUUGGCUUUGUUUUUCC